UCCUUUACCAGGACUCUUAGCCCAUACGAGUACGCCCAGAUACUUCUCGUAGCCCUCGAACGAAGAUGAAGUCGGCACAUAAAACAAAGGAAAACAAAAAACAAAAAAAAGGAAUUAAAAAAGAGUUAUGAAACAAAAAUAUCCCACCACCACCAAGCGAGCGCUCCCUCCCACAGUCAUAAUGGGUCCCGACUCCAGUUGACCUCCUCUUUUGUCGGCCGCCGGCGGUUGACAUGUUGGGCUCGGGAUUGAAUCUGGUGACCACUGUUAUCGGGUUUGGGAUGAGCGCAACCUUUAUCAUCUUCAUCUGUGCCCGUUUGAUUUGCGGUCGGAUCCGCUCUGGGGACUCUCGGGCUGCUAAUUCUGAUAUCGAGCUCCACUCGGAUCUCGACCCAAGAGAGCAUACGAUUCAUGGGUUGGAACCCGUUGAGGUUGCGGCGAUUCCGACAGUGAAGUUUAAUCAUGAGGCUUUUAAGUCUAGAGAAGAUGCACAGUGUUCGAUAUGUUUAGCAGAUUAUGAAGAGAAAGAGAUACUACGGGUGAUGCCCACAUGUAACCAUAACUUUCAUGUUGCUUGCAUCGAUGUCUGGCUCCAGAAACAAUCCACAUGUCCAAUUUGUCGUUUGCCACUGAGUGACAUGUUUGAAGUGCCUCCCGAAUUUGAAGUUCUUCAUGAACAAAACAAUACUGAGCAUACUGACGAGCAUUCUAACCAAUGGUUACUGCCCAGCCAUCGAAGAUCAGAAGGCAUCGAGAGUAACCAAGAAACCCGUGAUUCUGUAUCUAUAAACAUUGGAGGAUAGUGGAGUUAAGUUCGAAGUAAAAUGAGCCCCAAGGUUCUGCCUCAAAAUUUUGGUUUAUAUCCAUGGAGAAUGCAUAUUUAGCUCGUGUUUGCUUUGUAUAUUGCUCUCCUGAAUAUUGCCAUAUAAAAUGCAGAUUCUGUGUAGAGCCUAGAUAAGAGUGUGUACUGUAAGAUUCUUUGUAGUUUGGUCGUUUUGUAGUAAUCUGAAUUAUUUCAUGAGUUUCUCAAACUUUUGUAUGUUUCUAUGGUGAUGGAGAUCAAUGCUAAGUAUAGUGAUCUCAUGUGUAUGUAAAUAUCUGUAAGAUUGAUUUUUUAUGUAAGUAUCUGUAAGAUUGAUUUUUUCCCUCAUCAAAGGAGAAUAAAAAUUUUCUUC